UGGAGAUGCAGCGCGAGGACACAAAUCGUACAUCUUUUCCCCUGGAAUCUUCCUCCACAUCGGCACAGAAAGCUGUUUUACGACGGUUCUGCCGGCUGUGCAUGCGAGAAUUCCCUUUUCUGUUGCCUUUCGAUGCGAUGCUGAAAGAUGUUACGCUGGCCGGAAUGCUGGAACGACUGUUAGGUGCAUUCAAGCUGAAAGAAACACCAUAUCUUCCGGACGGAGUCUGUUCACACUGUGUGACCAAGCUGGACUAUGCGUAUCAUAUACAGAAAGAGCUUGUUUGUAACGAGCAUCGGUUGAGACACUACCAUCAGGAGGGCACACUGUUAACGAAGUUGUUUGAAUAUCAAACACAAAUCACUGUCUCGAAAGAUAGUUACACGGACCGGAUGGUGGCAGAGCACGGAACAAGUUUACUGACGGAAAGAGUCGAAGUUGAUCCUAAGGGCGAUGCGCCCAACAUUUCUGAGGGGGAGGCAGAUGCAGCAAGGUUGUACAAAACUUGCCAGCCACCAGCCGAGUGGACUGUUGUAGAUUGUGAUUGCUCUUCGAAAUCAGAACAAUCUAGAAAGGACAUACCUGCACGCGCUCCAAAGCAAACGCUGCGGAAUCGCCACAUCCUGCGAAAGACAAUUGAAGCGGAAAAUCUAACCGGUGUAAAGGAAACAACUAUUAAUCCCUGUAAAUGUUACAUAUGUGAUACUGUGCUGGAAACAGAGGAAGCUUACCGGGACCAUCUAGUGAGCCACGUAGAUAUGCUGCCGCACAGAUGUCCACACUGCACGAAGGCCGGUGGAUUGGAUGAUUCAACCGAUGCCACGCUGAUUACCUCGUUAGCAAUGAUGGAGCGCCAUUAUCGAAUGCAUUCAUACCCCCUGAAAUGUCCACACUGUCCACAGCGUUUUCGCAAACACACCACAGCAUACUCACACAUACGCUAUCGGCACGAAAUGUUCGAUAAUCCGGAAGGUUACACGUGUGACAUAUGUGGCGUCACAAUGCAAUAUCGUCCCUCAUUUCAGUACCACAUGCGUAUCCACUAUCACGAACAGAUGGGAACAUUCAAAUGUCAGUACUGUGACCGUGUUUUUGGCACUCGGGCCCGCCUAGAUCGUCACGAACGGACACACACCGGCGAGCGACCGUUUUCAUGUCAUCUGUGCCCAAAAACGUUUACCCAUUCGGGACAGCUAAAGACACACGUAUCGCGACAUAAUAAUGAGCGCGGCCACAAGUGUACUCAGUGUGGAAAAGCGUUCUUUAACAAGGCAAUGUUGCGACAGCAUCUUGGGUCACAUGGAACGGUCGAACAAAGGAAAGUAACCACCUCCGGUGUGGUUAAAAUGCGACAACGCCCUUGUUCGUACCCUGGCUGUUCGCACGUGGCACUAACGUAUCAGGCAUAUUACUUGCAUCGUCUCCGGCACGAAAUGGCCCACCGGUGUGAGGAAUGCGGUCGGCGCUUUGCUAGAUCUUGUGAGUUGCGACGACAUCGGCGUAUUUACCAUUCGCCGGACAGCCCGUUAAAAUGCGAACUCUGUAGCAAAUCGUUCAUGAGCUCGCAAAGCCACCGGGAGCAUAUGGAUUCGCACGCGAACGUCCGGCGAUUCGAGUGCGAUGUGUGCGAUAAAAAGUUUGUGCGCCGUCGCAAUCUGGUUAACCACCGUAUGUCGCACACUAACAUUCGGCCGUACCGGUGUGAAGACUGUGAUAGCGCGACGUUCAAGUACAAGAGCGACUUAAACCGACAUCGGAAAGACAAGCAUGGACGGCUGGAACAGCCGGCUGGUGGGCCUGUAAACGAACAGAUUGUCCUGAUGAACGAUGAUCCCGUAAUGGAUGGAAUGCUUGUAGAAAAUGUUCCAGAGGGUAUGCUGGUGAAUGAGGGCAUUGAGCUAGAUGGAACGUACGGUGAAGUUAUUGAGACGGUGGAAGAAUCUAUUGUCGUUGAGCAGCCAAUAGUUAGCAUCGGCAUAGAUGAGGUCACCAAGGAGGAGUAUAUUAUCGAGUACAUUAAUCACCAGUGAGGAGACGGUUCUGUAUGUUUGUGUAAUUUGUCCAUG